AUGGGAAAAAAAGUUAGAGAAUAUAAGUCGGGGGACUUUAUAUUUGCAAAAGUAAAAGGGUACCCAGCGUGGCCAGCAAGGGUACAAAGACCAAAUGGAAAGAAAUAUUUUGUAUACUUCUAUGGUACGGGUGAAACAGCGAAUCUACCACCCAAUAUGAUAUUUGACUAUGCAGAGAACAAAGACAAAUUCCUCUACAAGGCUGUGAAACGUCGUGACUUCAAUGACGGUGUAAAGCAGAUUGAAUAUGAUUUUGCAAACAAUGUGCCCCUCGAAGAAGUUAUAGGUGUUGUUGCUGAGGGUGAAGAACCUGGAAAUGAAACAGUUAAUGAAGGUGAUGAGACCGUAGCUGAUACCACUGCGGCUGAUGAAACUAUAGAUGAGUCACCAGCAACAUCAACACAACAUGAUACUAGCAUUGAAGAUUCUGAUGAAACAGGCGGAUUGGUUAUUGACGAAGCUAAGGCUAAGAGUCGAAAAUCGACGGCCAAAACACCAGCGAAGGAGCCUCCCAAGCCGAAGGAAGUUAAAACGCCAAAAGGCAAAGGAAAGAAAGAAGAAGAGGAUAAAGAAGAAGAGUUAGUCAGUCGCAGCGGUAGGAAGAUACGUCCCAAGCGAUAUAUGGACGAACAUACAGAAGAAAACUCAACAUUACCGUCACCAGCGCCAAAAAAACGUCGCGGUACUUCGCCCACCACAGAUAAAGGAAAGGCCGAUAAGGGCUUAAAACAUUUUAAUGUUUUACCACAGAAUGAACUUGAGGAUCUGAAAGAGCCUGUUGCAGUUGAUGAUUCAGACAAAGCGAACAUCCUGAUAGCCUACCUGCCGUCGGGACAGUAUGUCGGUAUCAAGCUGUUCGAAUCGCGACCUACCAGCUUCAAAACCGAAGCUGCCAGACUGCAGUGGGACAAGCAGCAAGCUACUAAUGCGAUUACGCUUAAACUGCAGUUAGAGAGAGAACAGAUAACCCCUCAAUCUGUUGCCGCACAGCUCAUAAUGGAUCUUAGUCUUACAGAUGAAGAGAAGAGUAUGUUGGACAAGGAGAGAGAGACUGAAGAGAAGAGAUCUCGCCUACAAUUCUUGAAGACAGAAGUAAAAAUGAUGGAGUUGGAUGCAAAAAUCAAAACGUGCCUUUGUCUAGAAAAAGCAGACACGGAAAUGUGCUUGAAACAUUUGGAUGAAUUUUUGGAACUCGAUGUCAAACCUCUAAUGCUGUUGAAACACCCCACCUGCUUGGAGACCAUAAAACGUAUGCGCGCGUACAUCGGAAACACGUCAUCGUGGGACCUCAGUGAGAGCGCAGCGCUGAUAUUCAGCAAACACGCGCACAGAAUACGCAAGCAGGCUGACACUAUAUAUAACAAUAUGAAGAAAUUGUUCUCAACACCUGAUGGCUUGUCCUUUUGGGAGUACUUCUCUGAGAGAGUAUCACACUUCAAGAAGGUUACAACUAAGAUGGCCGCCGAAGAAAUUAUGGAAAUGGUGUUUGAACCUAUAGAAAUGUCCCAACCGACGUCACACACCAUGAAAUCUUCUGUAGAAACCGCCAACGAAAUAGAGGCUGUAGUAAACGACGGAGAGAAGAAAAAGAAGCCUGCAGGAAAAGCGAAAAAAGUCGCCGCCACACCGACAAAAACGCCGGUGAAGCGACAAAACUCUAAGAAACAAGUUGCUGAAAAGGAAGAAGAGAAAUCUCUAGAAGAUACUAAGAAAUCAGAUGCAGAACAAAAGAAAAGCGAUGCAUCGGAAGAUGACAAUACCGAGAGUGAAAAUCCAGAACCAGAAACAGACAAAGAUGAAAGUAUGGAUCAAGAUGAACUACCGACAGAAAGUAACAUAGAACAAUCAGAAUCUGAUACACAAGAAACAGAAAACACAAGCGAAGUAGAGCAAGAGAAAGCAAUUGAAGAACAAGAAGAAUUGAAAGAAGUUGAAAAGGAGUCAGAAUCAGAUAAAGACGAAAAGAAAGGUAAGAAGGAUAAAGAAAAAGUAAAAGACAGUCCAGAUAAAGUGAAAGAAGUUACAGAGAAACCGAAAGUAGAAAAGACCGCUGAAAAGAGAAAACUGAGUUCAGAGAACACGAAUUCUAAAGAACCAAGUCCAAAUAAAGACGAGAAAAAUGGCAAAGACAAUGAGAAAGACGAGAAAGAAGAUGAACCUAAGGCGAAGAGGACGAGAGAGAGCAAGAAGACUGAGCCACCACAGCCUCGGACACCAACGAAAAGAAAGUCUAAAGCUUAA